CCCCCGCCGCGUUCUCGCGAGAGCCGCCAUCUCAGCGCCUUUGGCGGCGGCGGCGGUCACCGCACGGGCGCUCACUGCCGCCGCUCCUCACGGUGCUCGCCGCUUUUCUCCGUGCUCCUGCCAUGCUGUCCCGCCUCGUCCUGCGCGCCGCCCCCGCCGCCCUCAGGGCGCUGCCGCCGCCCGCCGCUGUGGGGGUGUUGCACGCCACAAGACCACUGCACACAACUCAGCAGAGUUUGGCUCCUGUGUCACCUCURCCCGAGAAGGGAGGAGAAGUUCGUCAUGGUUUGAUCCCUGAGGAGUUUUUCCAGUUUCUGUACCCUAAAACAGGAGUUACAGGGCCCUACAUGCUGGGCACUGGCCUCCUGCUUUACUUUCUUUCCAAGGAGAUCUACGUCAUUAACCACGAGACAGCAGCAGCUGCCUGCAUAUUGACAGUCAUCAUUUAUGGCAUCAAGAAGUUUGGGCCUAGUGUUGCAGCUUUUGCUGACAAACUUAAUGAGGAGAAAAUAGCCACAGCUCAAGCCAUGAAGAACGAGGCCAUCCAGACCCUGCAGACAGCCAUUGAACAGGAGAAGAAGGAGCAGUGGAGGGCUGAAGGCCGCAGUUAUCUCUUCGAUGCCAAACGGAACAACAUUGCAAUGCUGCUGGAAGCCAACUACAGGGAGCGGUUACUGAUGGUGUACAACGAGGUGAAGAAGAGGCUGGACUAUCAGGUGGCCAUGCAGACCCUGAAGAGGCAGAAGGAGCAGGACCACAUGAUCCAGUGGGUGGAGAAGAAUGUUAUUCAGAGCAUCACACCUCAACAGCAGAAGGACAGCAUUGCCAAGUGCAUCCUGGACCUGAAGGCGCUGUCCAAGAGYGCCCAAGCAGCUGUGUGAGCACGUCUGAGCCCACUGACCUGUCCCAAUGCCUACUGUUGGAAACUCUAUGACUCUAAAAUCUCAUUAAACAAAGAAAAAACAA